AUGGUUGCGAAAGGUGUCGUCACUUGGGCCCAAUUCGUUACUUGUCGCGACAGCGGCCAGACAGGACCAUGGAUACCGACAGAAGCAUUAGCCACAGAACGAGAGUUGAAGCUGAUCUUGUGUGAAGUAUACCAGAAGAGAGCAAGAGGACGGAUCAUCACCGUCACAGACAGGAAAUGGAUGGCAUGGAAUCCCGGAAGCGCGAACCAACCGACGUUCGAAGUUACAAGCUUCCCAAUGGCGAUUCCACGCGGUAUUUGGCGAGAGCAUCCUAAGUCUCUGGGAUCCCACCAGCACCGAGUGAGGACGACAGAGUGCCGCGGGUGGUCAGUAGUCACCCCAAUCUUCGGUCAAUGUUCCUAUUCCCCAGACUCUUUCGCCCCUCGCCCGAUACGCUUCCUAGACCUGCCGCUGAAGACGCACAGCUUCAAACCCCCGGGACAUCGAUCUCGGUCACGGGGGACGCACAGUCAGCAGGCUCGCAGACUCGGACGUCGGUGUAUGAUCAUCAUGAUGCAUCCAGCAUGUCUCGGGCGAUCCUUCGCGGACGCCAAUAUAUUCAUGACAGUGACAAGCAUAGUGGCGACGCUGAACAUCGCAAAAGCGCGCGACUCAAAUGGCAAGGAGAUAACACCAUAG